AUGGCGAGGAGCGUUUUGAGGCCUGGGAUGGGACGGGGAGGGGUGGUGGUGGUGGUGGUGGUUGGGAGGGAGGUGGUGGUCGAGGAAGAAGGGGCCGACGACGGGGACGACGACGGGGAAGAAGGGGGGAAAAUUGUUCGGGAAUUGCAGGGAAGCGGACUUAUAUCGCUUGUUGUAGCCAUUCAUAGCCGCAUGGCGCGUUUCCCAACCGUGCUUUCUGCCCAUCUAUCACUUUAUACCCUCCCAGAAAUUCUCAUGCCUGCCCUCCCUCCUCCGCAUUUUAGACGUACACCAGUCCGCUUAACGACCGAACUUCUUCUUUUCGGUGCGGCCGUCCUCUCUCUGCGUCUUAAGCGUCCCCGCAUGACCUCCGUCACAUCCACUACUCCGGCCCCGUGGCGGACCCUCGAAACAAAACGAGGAAUAGGCGCGGCAUGCCUCAACGAGAGCCAAACCCCUUACGCCCCAGCGCUCAUCACCCUCGACGUCUAA